GGUUUAGCUGAUUCCAAAACCUCCGUCUUCAACUCCGAUGGGAGUGUUGCAAUCCACGCUGGCGAAAGAUUUGGUCGUGGUAGAGUUGACGACGCUAUCACGACGCCGGUGGUUAAUACUUCCGCUUAUUUCUUUAAGAAAACUGCUGAUCUCCUUGAUUUUAAGGAGAAGCGCAGUGUGAGUUUCGAGUAUGGGCGUUAUGGAAAUCCAACGACAGUUGUAGCAGAGGAGAAGAUAAGUGCUUUAGAAGGGGCUGAAUCUACGGUGAUAAUGGCAUCGGGAAUGUGUACUAGCACAAUUUUGUUGAUGGCUUUGGUCCCAGCCGGAGGGCAUAUUGUAACAACUACAGAUUGUUAUAGGAAGACUAGGAUUUUUAUCGAGACCAUUCUUCCCAAAAUGGGAAUCACGGCUACCACCAUUGACCCUGCGGAUAUGAACGCCCUUGAAGUUGCUCUGAAAGAGAAUAAUGUUUCUCUUUUCUUCACUGAGUCUCCAACAAAUCCAUUCUUAAGAUGUGUUGACAUUAAACUGGUUUCUGAGCUCUGUCAUAGACACGGAGCACUGGUUUGUAUAGAUGGUACCUUUGCUACUCCUCUAAACCAGAAGGCACUUUCGUUGGGGGCUGAUCUUAUUCUUCACUCCGCAACGAAGUACAUUGGGGGCCACAAUGAUGUCCUUGCUGGUUGUGUCAGUGGUUCUCUGAAACUGAUUUCAGAAAUUCGAAAUCUUCAUCAUGUCAUGGGCGGUGCACUAAAUCCUAACGCGGCAUAUCUAAUCAUACGUGGGAUGAAAACAUUGCAUCUUCGCGUGCAGCAACAAAAUUCCACGGCUUUGAGGAUGGCUAAUGUAUUAGAGGGUCAUCCUAAGAUCAAACAUGUUUAUUACCCUGGACUCCCAAGUCAUCCUGAACAUAACCUUGCCAAAAGGCAGAUGACUGGUUUCGGGGGCGUAGUUAGUUUCGAGGUUGAUGGUGAUUUAAAGAGCACCAUAAAAUUCAUUGACUCACUUAAAAUUCCAUACAUUGCUCCAUCCUUUGGUGGGUGCGAGAGUAUCAUAGACCAGCCAGCAAUAAUGUCAUAUUGGGAUCUUAACGAGGCAGAGAGGCUGAAGUAUGGCAUUAAGGACAACUUGGUGCGCUUCAGCAUUGGAAUUGAAGACUUUGAGGAUUUGAAGGCUGAUGUUCUUCAGGCUCUUGAUGCCAUUUAAAGCCAGCCCUACCCAUCUUGAUGUCAUUUUGCUUGGUUUUAAGUGUUGUUGGUAUAUCAAUUGAAUUCUGAUUCGCCAAUUCUUGGCUCGUACCUUUAACGAUCUCGAUCCGAUUGAAACAAUGGAGCCUCUUCGGCAUAUGUAUGGUAACACCCCCUUCCCCAAGGAAAAAAAGGACCCCAUGGACAUCAUUUAUGUUGUGUUCUUUUUAUUAACCAAUUCAUCAAGGGUGAAAUAUCUUUUUCCUUCUA